UUUCAUUUAUUUUUCGAUGUUUUACCAAGCAACUCAUGUUGAACACAUUUUUCGGAUUUUUUACAUUGUCCUUUUUAAUUUCACAUAAUACAAAAUAAUAAUUUAGUCACAUAAUAAAAAGUAAUAAUAGUAGUAAUAUAAGGAAUACAAAAUAGUAACAAUAAUAAACUCAACCUGAGAGUCGACUUAAAUUAAUUAACAGUUCAACAUGAAAAAUUUAAUAUUAGCCACGGUUGUACUUUUCGCCGUUUAUCAGGCAGUAGAUGGUAUUGUGUGUAGCCACAUCUAUUGUAGCCUUGUUAGCUGUGAACAAAAUAUUACUUGCAAACACUAUGAAAUAUUGGUAGAAAAAGGAAGUUUUUGCGGAUGUUGUGAUUCAUGCUACGAGAAAUUAUAUGAAGGUCAGAGCUGUUGGCGAUUGCUGGAAAUUACAUCAACUGGAAAAUGUGGACUUGGUUUAGAAUGUAACUCUGAAGGAAAAUGCGCCCCAGUUCUACCUGACUUCUCAGUUCUACCUGACUUCUCAGUUCCACCUGACGCCCCAGUUCUACCUGACGCCCCAGUUCAACCUGACGCCCUAGUUCUACCUGACGCCCCAGUUCUACCUGACGCCCCAGUUCUACCUGACCCCCCAGUUCUACUUGACGCCCCAGUUCUACCUGACGCCCCAGUUUUGCCUGACGCCCCAGAUCUACCUGACGCCCCAGUUCUACCUGACGCCCCCGUUCUACCUGACGAGCCAGUUCUACCUAACGAAUCAGUUCAACCUGACGAAUCAGUUCAACCUGACGCCCCUGUUCUACCUGACGUCUCAGUUCUAUCUGACAGCCCAGAUCUACCUGACGCCCUAGUUCUACCUGACGCCCCACAUCUACCUGAUGCCCCAAUUCUACCUGACGCCCCAGGUCUAUCUGACGCCCAUGACGGUUCAAUACUAUUGAGCCGUCAGUAAUACUAUUAAAUCCAGAAAUUUGGUGUCGAUGAAUAAAUGAUAAAAAUUAUAUUUUUAUAUUAUCUUAUUGUUUGUGCAUACCAUGCUGGUUUUAUAUUUCAUUUUAGCGGUUUAUAAUAUUUGUAUAAAAUAACAAUUUAUUAAUAAUGAGUAGCUAAUAAAAUAGUAUCCUUUGGGUUA